UGCGGCAUCUUCCAGGUCAUGUGACCAACCCCCCCCCCCUCCCUGGGUUUCAGAAGGGGUCUCCAGAUAGGUAGCUCGAGCUGUUCACUUGUAUGGAACCAGAUAUCGCCCCGUCCUCUCACAACCAGUACAAUAUCGACGGUAGGAAAAAUACUGCUUUCCCAAGACAUGCCCCUCUAGCGAACCUCUUUGAUGUAAAUACUACCGAGCCAGGAAUCACAGCUUUUACAGUGUCUCUGGAGGAGGAAUCGAAGAGGCAGCAGGAGGAUCCACCCAGCACCAGCGGACCAAUCAUGACCUCUGACACUGACCAUCGUCAAGACGGCCCACGUCCAGUUCUCUCCAGGAUAUCAGCGAGCACCUCUGAGGAGGAUGUUCUCUGUCCUAUUCCACCUCUCCCCCACGGACCUGAUUCUCGGUACGAGAGAAUUGGAGGCCAAACAGGGACUUCUUUUUUACAGACCCUGAUCCACCUCCUGAAGGGGAACAUCGGCACAGGGCUGCUAGGUCUACCUCUGGCUGUCAGGAACGCAGGCCUUGUGUUAGGACCUCUGAGUCUGUUUGCCAUGGGGAUAAUAGCAGUCCACUGUAUGAAUCUGCUUGCAAAAUGUUCCCACCACCUCAGUGCAAAGUUGAACAAGCCCUUUCUGGACUAUGGUGAUGCUGUGCAGUAUGGUAUGGAGAAUGUCCCGUGGCUGAGAAGGCACUCAAUAUGGGGGAGGCAGAUAGUGAACGUGUUUCUGAUCAUCACCCAGCUGGGUUUCUGCUGUGUCUACUUCGUCUUCCUCAGUGACAAUGUCAAACAGGUGGUGGAGGCUUCUAACGGGACAACCAUGAACUGCCACAGAAACCAGACGGCUGUGACCGUCCCCAGCUUUGACUCCCGUCUCUACAUGUUGUGUUUCCUGCCAGCCAUUAUACUCCUGGUGUUCACCCCAAACCUGAAGUAUCUGGCCCCACUCUCUCUGGCAGCCAACCUGGCCAUGUGUACUAGUCUGGUCCUCAUCUACUUCUUCUGCUUCACGAACAUCCCAAAUCAUAUCAACCUGCCCAAGGUGGGUCAUGCCAAAGACUACCCUCUCUUCUUUGGAACGGCCAUCUUUGCUUUCGAGGGGAUAGGAGUGGUCCUGCCUCUGGAGAACAAGAUGCAGAAGCCUCAGAGUUUCAAUAUGGUUCUAUGUCUGGGUAUGGGCAUCAUCACCUUCCUCUAUAUCAGCUUGGGGACCAUAGGGUACAUCACCUUUGGAGAGGCCAUUGGGGGAAGUAUCACCCUUAACUUACCCAACUGCUGGAUGUAUCAGAUUGUAAAGCUUCUCUACUGUUUCGGUAUCUACAUCACCUUUGCCCUUCAGUUCUACGUGCCAGCUGCGAUCCUGAUUCCUCCUGUGUUGUCCCGCUUCUCAGAGAGAUGGGAACUGACGGUUGAUCUCCUGAUCCGCACUGCGCUCGUAGUCUUCACCUGUGUCCUGGCCAUAUUGAUCCCCCAGCUGGACCUGGUCAUCUCUUUAGUGGGGUCCGUCAGCAGCAGUUUCCUGGCUCUCAUCUUCCCGCCACUCCUCCAGAUCCUCACCUACCACAACGAAGGUCUGUCUCCCUGGGUCAUCGUCAAGAACACCCUGAUCUCUGUCAUCGGCUUCCUCGGCUUCAUCACCGGCACCUAUAUAUCCAUCACAGAGAUCAUCAAACGCAACGGCAGACAUGACAAUCUGGAUGUGACCUUCUUCCAGGUCCAGUGAGAGAUCUAGUGAGGAAGAGGAGCAUAUCUUGACAGUGGUUGGUCUGGCAAACAGUGGAGGCUGGCGGGUGGAUAAAAUCUGAAGACAGGCUCAUUUUUAGUAUGGAUGGUACCUUCCUUUGAUUUAGUGACACCAGCCUCCACUGCUGUCAAACAAGCACAGUUAAAAGAUGUCUUCACCCUGACUUCAGACAUGUGUUUUUCUCACUUGCUCAAUUGUCCAUUGAUUAAACAUUUAUUGAUAUUGUGAGUCUGCUUACUGUUGUGGUUAUUGGUCGCUGUGGAGCAAUUAUUUAAUGGAAUAUAAGUGUAAACCAACUAAUUGUUACAGUAACCGUAUAGCUAAGAAGAUAACACAUUUUAUUUUAUUUAAUUUAACCUUUUUUAUUUAACCAGGCAAGUCCAGUUAAGUAACAAAUUCUUAUUUACAAUGACGGCCUACUCCGGCCAAACCCGGACGGCGCUGGUCCAAUGGUUUCCGCCCUAUGACACGAGCUUCUCUCUGUGCCUUAUGACCAUGUUUAUAACUUCUUAUUUUUAUGGUGUACUUUUUUGAUAUAUAUAUAUAUAUUUUUUACUUUUCCAUGCCGCAAGAACACCUAUCUUACAUGUUCAUUAUUUUAUGUUGAAUAAUUUAACCAAAUCAUUGAAUAUUGAACAAUCACAUUCUCGUUACAUUUUAUUAUUGUUAAAACAAGGUACUAAUAGAAAUACUCAUUCUUGUUCGACGUUCUGUUUAAAUACAUCCUGGAAGUUGUCCAAGUGAUAAAAUAGCAUUUACAUAACAGUUAAGUUCCAUUUUGAUUCAUAUCAUAAUUCUAUAUAGGCCUUGUUUUAACUAGUGUAUUUCCAAUAGAAUGGUAAAUGACUGACCGUGUUUAAUAUGACUAUCAGAACACAACAACCUGUAGUCUGACAAUCACCAUCAUUACUGCUGCACAUGUAGCUAUGACAUUGACAUUGAAUACAGUUUCCUGACUACAAAUUGGAUACAGUUUCCUGACUAAAAAUUGAAUACAGUUUCCUGACUACAAAUUGAAUACAGUUUCCCCGACUACAAAUUGAAUACAGUUUCCCCGACUACAAAUUGAAUACAGUUUCCCCGACUACAAAUUGAAUACAGUUUCCCCGACUACAAAUUGAAUAGUUUCCCCGACUACAAAUUGAAUACAGUUUCCCCGACUACAAAUUGAAUACAGUUUCCCCGACUACAAAUUGAAUACAGUUUCCCCGACUACAAAUUGAAUACAGUUUCCCCGACUACAAAUUGAAUACAGUUUCCCCGACUACAAAUUGAGAGACAAAAAGAUGUAAUAGUUGAAUGGACAUUUUUGUUUUUAAAAGGAAAAGCAUCAUUUACAUGUUUCAAGUCAAACUGUCCAGAUCACCUACUGUAAUACUGAUUAACCUAAGGGACUGUAAAGAAAUAUGACAAAAUAAUGUGUAUAUUGUGGAGCUAAUACCAUGUGUAUAUUGUGGAGCUAAUACCAUGUGUAUAUUGUGGAGCUAAUACCAUGUGUAUAUUGUGGAGCUAAUACCAUGUGUAUAUUGUGGAGCUAAUACCAUGUGUAUAUUGUGGAGCUAAUACCAUGUGUAUAUUGUGGAGCUAAUACCAUGUGUAUAUUGUGGAGCUAAUACCAUGUGUAUAUUGUGGAGCUAAUACCAUGUGUAUAUUGUGGAGCUAAUACCAUGUUGUAUAUUGUGGAGCUAAUACCAUGUGUUAUUGUGGAGCUAAUACCAUGUGUAUAUUGUGGAGCUAAUACCAUGUGUAUAUUGUGGAGCUAAUACCAUGUGUAUAUUGUGGAGCUAAUACCAUGUGUAUAUUGUGGAGCUAAUACCAUGUGUAUAUUGUGGAGCUAAUACCAUGUGUAUAUUGUGGAGCUAAUACCAUGUGUUAUUGUGGAGCUAAUACCAUGUGUAUAUUGUGGAGCUAAUACCAUGUGUUAUUGUGGAGCUAAUACCAUGUGUAUAUUGUGGAGCUAAUACCAUGUGUAUAUUGUGGAGCUAAUACCAUGUGUAUAUUGUGGAGCUAAUACCAUGUGUAUAUUGUGGAGCUAAUACCAUGUGUAUAUUGUGGAGCUAAUACCAUGUGUAUAUUGUGGAGCUAAUACCAUGUGUAUAUUGUGGAGCUAAUACCAUGUGUAUAUUGUGGAGCUAAUACCAUGUGUUAUUCCUCAGUUGAGGUCAUUUAUGUUGGUGCUUUCAUUUAUUACAUUUGUCUCUAGUUGGGCACUGGAUUUAUUCAUCAUGCUCUAUUAUUUUAUUUAGGCAGCAUUUAUUUUUUAACUUGUCUCGGAUGUGCCAACUGUUUUCUUGAGUUUUUAGACUGAAUGGGCCUAGUUUAGAGUGGGUUGGACUGAACGUGCUCAGUUUAGAGUGGGUUGGACUGAACGUGCUCAGUUUAGAGUGGGUUGGACUGAACGUGCUCAGUUUAGAGUGGGUUGGACUGAAUGUGCUCCGUUUAGAGUGGGUUGGACUGAAUGUGCUCAGUUUAGAGUGGGUUGGACUGAACGUGCUCAGUUUAGAGUGAGUUGGACUGAACGUGCUCAGUUUAGAGUGGGUUGGACUGAAUGUGCUCCGUUUAGAGUGGGUUGGACUGAAUGUGCUCCGUUUAGAGUGGGUUGGACUGAAUGUGCUCCGUUUAGAGUGGGUUGGACUGAAUGUGCUCCGUUUAGAGUGCGUUGGACUGAAUGGGCCCAGUUUAGAGUGUGUUGGACUGAAUGUGCUCCGUUUAGAGUGGGUUGGACUGAAUGUGCUCUGUUUAGAGUGGGUUGGACUGAAUGUGCUCCGUUUAGAGUGGGUUGGACUGAAUGUGCUCCGUUUAGAGUGCGUUGGACUGAAUGGGCCCAGUUUAGAGUUGGAUGGAUGUCAUGGUGAUACCACAUGGCAUUGGGAGAACUGAACUGAUUGCCACUUUUUUCAACUAGCUUUGAAUAAUGGCAAGUUUUGAUCUAUUGUUGAGUUUGGACUUUAUUGUAAAUAAAAAUCGAGUAUUCUGAA